AUGUUGGAGGCCGCCGCAAAUCUGGUUAGAAAGCUGAAUCGUGAGAAGUCGAUGAGUCUGGAGGUAAAUUUGAAUUACCAACAACUAAUUGUAAAUAAUCUAUAUUUGCAGAUCAUCUCGUCAGCUCAAAGACAAGUCGCGCGGCUUACUCAAAAGAUCUCGGACCUGACGGUCGAGAAUGAGGGCUUGAAAAUGCGCCGAUUCAGUUCGGAGCCAGAGAAACCCAUCACGGAGGCCAUCUGCGGAGUCUGGAAGAUAGUUUCGUCGAUCAAUUCGGAGGAGUACGCGCAGAAACGUCGAGAGCAUCUCAACUGCGGGGACCUGGACGACAUCGUCUUCCAGAUGGGACAACUCCACUUCCGAUUCGACGGGAACGUCCUGACCGGCUACACCCAAGUGGCCGACAAGAUCUACCACCGACAGACGAUCGAAAUCGGAAAGACUCUGGAUCAGAUGAUCUACCAAGAGGUGACAAGGAUCGAGGAGAACCGUCUCAAGACGGUUUUUCUGAACAAGACGAGCGGCGAGGAGUACUCGAGAGCCGAGAAGUUUGUGCGGGACGGACGGCUUUUCGUGGUCGACCAGAGGUUCGGAAUCACGUGCACACGGAUUUAUGAGCGAGUGGAUCUGAACACGAAGGACGUGGUGAAGGAGAGAAAUGAGCUGCGGGCGAAGGUGAUCAGUAUGUCGGCGCAACUGGAGAAGAUGCGAUUGAAAGUGUGUCACAUUCCACUUCUCCCCAAUCCUUCCAUUCUCGAACGGAAGAAUCGAGUGAAAGCGGCGAUCACGGGCACCUGGAGACUCAAGUUCGUCUACACGGACUACACGUGCCCCGCCGAUCCGCAUGUCUGCUCCAACUACACCAAAUCCUACAAAUUCGACGGAGACGUGUUCAGCGCCACACCUUGUCACUUGUUCAAAUCCGACUUCAAGCAAGUCCUGGAGAAACUUCACGAUUUCAAAGACGGAACCACCUCGCUCGUCUUCAUCCAGGACAACAAACUCGUCACCAAACAGACGUACACUGCCACCGGCGCCGAAGUUUUCCGAUGCGAGAUGCGCGUGAAUGCGAUGGGAAAUCUGGAGGUGACCCAUAAGAGAGGAUCGAUCAGCUGCGUGCGGUUCUACGAGAAAGUCGCUUUCUGAACACGUGUAUUGUUGUACCCUGUUUUUUUUGUGAUCUCGUUGUUUCCUUUUGUUUCUGUAUUCCAAAUACCAAAUUAUCUUUCUAAUAAAGUUGUAUACAAGUUUGUGAACUUAACUAUGAGUGAAUAUUGUCGAGUUGAGCGUCGGUCUGAAAAUCUGCAAGAGACAUCGGCGAGCCUGGGGUCCAUUGGUGGCAAGAACCUUCGUCGAAGGACCACAACGUACUUGGGGAGUUUGUUAGGGGCCUUUAUCGGUUUUCGCUCAAUGAGAGCAUUUGGAAAAAGACGAGUCAGACGAUCUACUAGCUUCUGACUCGCGCGCGGCGCCCGUUCGGGACGACGCUCCUUUUUGUCCGGCGAGAGAGAGGCGCAGACGGCGUAAUCCCUCCCCCUCUUUUUCCCGAUCCCGGCGCUUUUUGCCUCGUUGACAGUGCGGAAAACGACGGAAUUUUUAGGCGAAAUGUGGAAUUUAUCGACGGACAAGACCCCCAGAAAAGGCAAAGUAAGUCUUUUUCGUUUUACAGGCAAUUCGAACGACGAGACAACGACUUCUUCGGGCCUCGGCGGAAACUCAAUGAAAAUCCUGUGCCCGGAGUGCUGCUCGGCGCUUGUACCCGCUCGAUUUCCCCGAUUUUUUUUCGGAAUUUGUUCUCCGAUAGACCUUUUGCACUUCUGCAAGUGAUUUGUGCCAGAAGUGGUAAUUUUUUGACUUCCAUGAUUUUCCGGAAGAACUGUGAAAACCGACUUUUUAUGGCGUUUCGGCUAUCAAUCAAUUUCCGACCAGUUUGUUUUCGGUGUCUCUCAUAAAUCCGGUUGACUUUAUCACUUCGGCACGUUUUUCUUCCCCGGAAAAAGUUUUUUAUUAAGGAAUCACUAAUAUCUGCAAUUUUUGUUUGUGUUUUCCUUGGAAAACCACGACAGUUGCACUUUUUGAUGGGUUUUUUGAUAUUUUGUCGCUCUUUUAUCAGUUUUCGUGCAGUUUUCCUGGGCAAACACAGAGACUAGGCCACUUUCGUAGCUUUUCCCUCCUGAAAGAAAGCAUUUUUUCAGAGAAACACGCGGCGCCGUCACUCUUCGUCCUCUUUUUCUCGCCGCCAACGACUCCGUCGACGGCAGCUGGUUCCACUCAAUUUUCCAGGCGCUCCACGAUCAUUCCACGCACGUGUUCUGUGUUCUUAACCGGUAAAAUUUGCUUGGCUAACCGGUUUACACAUGUUCAAAAACUGGUACGAAUCUGUGAAUAACCGGCUCCUAAUGUAGGCACACUGAAGUUGACACGGCGUUCUGAACCGAAGUUUAAAUUUUGCGUCAAAGUCGCUCGUCUGAAUUGGCUGCGCUGCAACUGCGCAAAGUCAAUACGGAGUGAAUAGAGUACAUUUUCGGACCCAGUAAUUUUGAAAAUACACUUUGUAACCUUCUCUAUAAUAUAAUUCUCUUAUCACCCUCUAAUCACCUGACCAACAACCCCCGUAGCAUUCGUGUUAGCAAAAAGAAAAGGGAGGGUUUUCGGCAUUCCCAUAUAUAUAUAUAUUUGUACACAUGACACCCCCAGCUUCAAAAGAGAAAAAGACACUGGGCUUUUUCGGGAGACGACAGACGGAGAGACGGCAUCGCGCGCGCUUAUCAGUCGUUCUUCUACAGCCGUGUUUUCGAUUUCGACUCUCAAUUUUCCAAUUUUCAGACGCUCCAAUGUCGGACGACGAUCUUGGAUCAGUUUCGAGCUUCGACAUGUGCUACAAAGAAGAAGUGGUCUCCGGAGGACUUGAAAAGGUGAGCUCUUUUCAGCUUUUCAGCUUUAUAAUAUACAUUUCUCUUCAGAACACCGUCAGCGAGAUCGAAGAUAUCAAGCAACAAUUGUUGGAAAUCAACAUUAAACUCUCGGAGGUCAAAAUGACGAGCAACGCUCAGGCAUAUGUAAGAAUCCAUCAGUGACUUUCCAAUGAGCACAUCAUUUAGACGUUGUUGCAACUCGAGAGUGAUGUGAAAUCUCAAUCGGAAAAUCAACAAAAGCACGUGGAGAAACGUGCAGAAGUUCCGAUUCAAAAGUCGAUUAACGGAAAGUGGAAGCUUGUGGAGUCGGUGAACGUGAACGAGUACUUGGCAAGACGUCCGAACCCGACUAUCAAGGAACGAAUCAUGUUCCUGAUGGGAGAGCCGCAAUUUGAAGUCAUCGGAGACCGCAUAAAGAUCAUAGAAGUGGUGCAGAGCAAGGAAUGCCGCCAGGAAUGCCGCAAUGACACGAUCACACUGGGAAAACGCUUCGAACUGAACGGAUACUAUCAUGUUUCGCGCAUCGAGAACAACUGCCUCAAGACCGUCUUCUUCUUCAGUUCGAAUGGGGAAGAGUUCAUGCGAGAGAAGCGAUUCGUAAAAGGAGGACUUCUUCAUGUAAUCCACAAACGAUUCGGCAUGAAUUGCACCAGAAUUUACAAGAGAAAUGACAACGAGGAAGUGGAUUUGUUGAAGAAGAAAGUGGCGAGUCUGACCGAGCAACUGGAAGAGAUGCAAACGAAGAAUGAGUAUCUGGAGAGCGAGAUGGAGCAACGAAAAUUGUUCAGCGAUCUUGGUACGUUGAAAACGGUCGAGUUGUCCGUCUAUUUAUCAGGUUUAGGUUGCCCUCCGUUGCACGACUUCUUCACGCUUCCCGAUUGGAAACUUUCCGAAAAACAGCCAAAGGGAAAGGAAAAUAUCAGAACGCAGAUUGUCGGCGAGUGGAAGAUGGUCGCAUCGAUCAACCUUGACGAGUUUCUGAGCGUAAACGUGCCGGACAAAGAGCAAGCGCUCGAUUGGAAGCACAAGACCGUCAAGUACAUGCUGGAGGACGAUCAGUUCACCUCGAUCACCGGCGUCAAACAGGUCAGCCGCACCCAGAUCCUCGGAACUCGAAUCUCGGACGGCUGCAAUCGGACCAUCUUGACCUACAUCGAGGGAGAAAGUGUGGUGAGCAUCGUGUUCGAUGUUCUCGAGGAGGAGGUGUCGAGAAGCAAGAUGUUCAUAAAGGACGGCGUGCUCAGAGUGCUGAACUUGGAGAAGGGAAUCACUUGCAAGCGCAUCUACGAGAAGGUUUCCGAAUAA